GAAGGCGGCUGAGUGACAGCUGGCGGCGCCAGUGGCCUGCAGCGCCUGGGCAGGGCGGCCGGAGCUGCCGGGCGGCCGGAGCGCGCAGCGGCCGCGGCGGGGCCGGCCGAAGUGCAGCCGUGGGCAGCUUUGGACCCCAGAGGCAUUGGAUCUGAGCCACCUGGUUCGUUGGCUUCUCUAGUGGAGUACGUUUGUCUUUGCCUUUUAGACAAAAUAACCUAUGAGAUUGUAUGUAGUCUUCAAGUCGGACUUUGCUGUCUGCUGCCCUCUCCUGCUGCUUGGUCAAGGAAGCUGUCUUCUCUGCUUGCUCGUCCAGUUGGUCACUCUGCUAAUGUCACUUCCACCUCAUGUUUGGCCUGUUGGUACCACCAUCUGGAGACUUGCUGAAAACUGACUAGGAUGUCUUUUUGCAUCUGCAGGAUUCAGAAGCUGCAGCUAUUCACUAGUUAACUGGGGGAUUCUACCAGGCAGCUUUUCUUUUUCGUUGAAUGUUCUUUCAUCCUCCUCAUUUUUAUUCUGUGUGCAGCACGCUUUGUUCUCCAUCUGUAACGAAAAGAUUGAGUUUGUGAAUAGGGAAAGUCUGUUUAAAAUACUCCACUUGUUUUAGCUUGCAGCUUCUCAGAAGUCUCUUGAAUAGUGUGUUAUGAGUGGCUCUGCUGACUUCUCCUUGCCUUGCAGCUACCCCUACACCACUGAUUUGUAUGAAGGACCUCACUCUGCAGAAGCAGAGUGAAUUCAUCUUUGAUGGAUUUCAGCUUGGCUGCUCUCCCCCAGUAUAAAACUGUGAGAAUUGCUUACAUGCUGUUUUUGAAAAGAGUGUGCUGUGAGAGACCAGUAAGUAACUGAUCACAAUAAUUAUGCAAAAUUGCAACCUCUGCUUCUUCCCCAGAGCUUCUGAACAGUUGUUUAUCAGAUAUGUCACUAGGGUACUGCAGAAUACCUCUUCUAAUGUUUAAUGUCUGUCACCUCUCACGUCUGCAGACAUACAGUAAAAUCUUUCAAAGCACUCUUGUCAGACCAUCUCCUGUUCAGAGACUGGCCUGAAGUACACUUUUUUUAGUCUAGUCUUUAUUCUCCUCUCCUUUUCUCCGGAAAGCAGAUGCUGCUGAGCCACUGAUCUGUGUAGGUCCUGCAAGAGUUUGUUUGACCUGACUGUCUGAAGUGUUUUGUACCUUUUUGAAUUUUUAAUUCCUACUUUUCUAUGUUCUUCUGUUUAGCUGAUUCGUUUUGAUGUGUGCAUCUCGUCUUUGGUAGGCUCUUGUGGUAUCUGUUCCGUGGUGCUGCUGUUGAAUGAAAUAGUCUGUCAGCUAUGUUUCAUUCACUUUGUUUGCUGCUCCUUGAAUGCUGUUUGGAAUAAGGAAUUCUGGUUAUGAGUAUGUGCUUAUUAAUGGAAGAACUGAGGGGCACACGCAGUCUUAAUAUAUCACGGUAAAUUAUUUUCUGAUUUUGUAUGCAGCUUAAAGCUUUUUUUGAGAUAUGAAAGUAGUGUAUUAAAACUUGUUUGGUUUCUGUUUUCAGUGACAAGGAUACUGAAGGAGCUGCAGGUAGAGUGUGUUGUAUGUAGGAGCUGUGAGGUAGCCUCUGUAGUACUUUUCUAGUGAAACAGGAGGUUUUGUGUAGAAUUUCCCAGAGCAUCAAUGUUGUUAUUUUAAUAUGCAAUUCUUUUCCCUGAAUGAUCGUGUUCUUCACAAGAGAGAAGAUAGAUAAAUUCUGUAAAGAUUUGUAAAGGCUUCUGUGUUUAGUAAUCUGGGUAUUUUUGUUUUGGUGUAUAAAACACUGUAUUUCUUUGUGUUCUGUGACAGGCAUUGUUAUAACUUGAAUUCCUUAUGCGGAUGUCUUCAGUAGCAACUUGCAAUGUAAGUUGCAGUAUAAAUAAAGGACUAUGACUGUACUGCAAGAGGCUAAAGGGAGAAGUGGUAAUUAGUCAGAUGCUAAUUAAUUAUGGAUAUAUUAGUUGAGUGUUGCAGAUUCAGUUCUUAAUAGUGGAGGAAGUAAGUGAUCUUUGAGCCUUGCCUCUUCACAUUUGCAGUGCCUUGAAAGCUGAAUGGUGAAUCAUAAAAUCACAGAACAGCUCGGCUUGGAAAGGACCUUAAAGCUUACCCAGUUCCAACCCCCUGCCAUGGGCAGAGAUGUGCCACCCACCAGAUCAGGUUGCUCAGGGCCUCGUCCAACCUGGCCUUGAACACCUCCAGGGGUGGGGCUGGGGCAUCCACAGCUUCUCUGGGCAGCCUGUGUCAGUGCCUCACCACCCUCAGGGUGAAUGACUUCCUCCUAACCUCUAAUCUAAAUCUCCCCUCUUUUAAUUUAAAACCUUUCCCCCUUGUCCUGUCAUUAUCUGCCUGAGCAAAAAGUUGCUCUCCAUCUUUUUUAUAAGCCCCCUUGAAAUACUGAAAAGAUGCAUUAAGGUUGCCCCUGAGCCUUCUCUUCUGCAGGCUGAACAGCCCCAGCUCUCAAUCACCACCCUCGACUUCCUGGCCACUCCUCUGUUGAUGCAGCCCCGGAUGCAGUUGGCCUUCUGGGCUGCAAGUGUGCAUUUAGAUGGUUUCUAGUCAUGAGUUAGUUCAUUUGUGGAAGAAGUAAUUAUCUCUCAGUUAUUGCAAGCUGUUCUGAUUAUUGGAGAUGGUGCGCAAUUAUGAUUUUUCAGGCUUCCAGGUUUAAGUCAUUGCAGGGUUUAGUUGCAGAAUGGAGAUCAGUGAGUGGAAAUUGCAUAUCAUUUGUGAAUUGUCUGUCUGUUGCUAUACUUCAUUGGUAGAAAGCUGUAUGUCCUGCAGAUCUGGAGCUGUCAUGCAAGUUGGGUAUUUUGUCUAGAGAAUCUGUACAGAGCUGUGCUACUUCUUGUAUACUAGUAAUUGUCAUGAUGGACUUAAAGAAUUAGCCCCAAACAGGUGUAACUCAUUAGCUAUUGCUGCAAAAGUCAUAUGAAAGUUUGAAUGAUGUGGGGGAGAGGGAAGGUUAAGGGAAAGGAAGUGAGAAAGAUUGAUUCAGUUUUUAUUAGGUUCAUCCAUUUAUUUCUGGGACAAAAUGGCUGAUGCUACAGACUUUGUUGCUUCAGCAGACAUUCUUGGUUCUACUUUGUUUUAUUACAGUGUACUUGGAUGUUAGAGAAAGUCAUGUUUUUAGGAUCGGGAGGGACUCCUCAGUUGUAAUAUGGCAUGCUUGGGAGACCUUUUAUGUCCUCGGAAAUAGCAGGUAUUGGGCAUUGACUUAGGAACAGAGUGAGGAUAGGGUAUGGGUAUAGCAUAGGCUUGCUGUGGAUACUAGCCCUAUUAAUCAGUGCUGUAUGGAGGGCUGCAGUCUUCUAAAUAUAUCUGGGUUCAAAGCAUUCCUGUUCUGCAGAUCCCUACAGGCUUUGUUCUGCUUAUUCAAUGAGGCAAGGGGCUAUUCUGGUCCUGGGUUCCUAGUGCUUUUUUGUUCCCUGAACUCUUAAUUUAGUUUGGACAAAAGAAGUCAUCUGCUUCAAGAAUGAGUGUAGAAGAAAGGAGUUGGGUCCAAUUUACUGGUUGCAAUGGGUAUGAAAAUAGUCCCAGCAACUGUGUAUGAGUUUACGGUUAGAAGCAUCCUGAGAAUGUGUUUGCUACACGUUAACAUGUCUCUUAGCAAAGAGUAAAAUGUCUGUAUGUUUCCCUCCUGGAGUGAGAGACUAGGACAAUGAUAAUCAAAAUUUAUGAAGAAACAGGAGUAUGUUGCCGUGUGCUCAUGAGAUUUGGAGGCAACGUUUACAAAGGACAGCAUACAGUCAGUGCUUUCUGUUUGUGAACUAGCCUAGCUCUAGGGCUGCACAGGCUCCUUUGAAAUACUAAUCUAACUGAGCUCUCAGCUGAGCAGUCUUCCUUUGCGUGACCUCAACUUGUUCAAGCUAGAGUUUUUUACCUGGUGUACCUUCUUUGAGGGACACCUUCAUUGUCAAGAGGGGUAAUUUUUUUAUCCAGAGAGAAUCUUGUAGAGGGAGAUGGCUUGGUUGUCUUCCCUCCAUUAUUAGGAAGUCAAAUACCAGGUGUUGUUUGUGCAACUGGCUGACUCUAAUGCGCAAUUUUGUAUGAUAAGAAUCAUAAACGUUUUUCUCUCAUUGUCAUUAAUGCCUACCUGUUCAGCCUGAUUGGGUCACUGAGUCUGUUGCUUUUCGAAGGCCGGCUCUUUCUGAAAGUUAGUCUGAACUAGUCCUGUGCUGCUUGUCUCAAAGGAUGGAGAGGUUAUUUUGAGAUACUGGCAAAGUUGAACCUAACUUGAGUGGAUUAUGGGUGGUUCAACUUGACAGGUACUUUUCCACAUGAAUUGUGUUUAGUCUUAGUCAUUUUCUGGGUUCUAAGAAAAUGUAAAUGGCUCUUGGCAUUGAUGCUAAAAAGAAAGGAGAAAGUUGGAAGGAGCAGUGACUGUAUUCGUCUCUGUGAGUAGGGUUAAACUGCAUUUUCAGAAUAAACAUGAAAUUUAGAACUUGGUUUGCCAGAUAGUUUCCAAUGGGUGGGAUGGUAGUGGACCAGAUCCAGCUGUCAUAAGAGUGGAGGAGGAUGGUAUUCCUGUACCCAUGUCAUUCCGGUCUCCUUUUUGGGAUGGCUGAGGACCCAGGUAGUUUUGGAGUUCAAGAUUCCUGUGUCCUGCAGGAACUGCAGAGACCUUCAGAAGUGUUUCUUGUGGUAAACAAUGCUUGGUUUAAUAGGAAAAUAACUCUCACCAGAAAGUGCCUUCAUUGUAAAGCAAGCAUCUAUGAUCUAGUGGGGACUUGAGGGUAAGGCUAGCUGCAGUGGUAACACUGAGCAUUUCCAGGAGGUGCUGUGAAAGAAAUGCUAAACUUGCACCCCUCGUCCUCAAUUCCAGCAGGUAGGAGUGAUGGUAAUGUUGUGACCAUCUAAGUAGACUGCAGCAGGAGGCUGUAAUGUUCUUUUCUUGGAAACAGAGAAAGGAAAGACACAGUUUGCGCACUGUCUUAAAACUGUGGCUAGGAAGUUUCCUGAACUGGAGUGAGAAGAUAGUCACGGGGGAUUGUGUGUGCAUGGAAGCAGAGAAACAUUAGCAUGCAUGAGUUUUUAUAUCUGUCCGUGGAGUUAUACCAGUCUGUGCUAGGGAAGGAAGAGGCACGUGAGCUUCGUUAAUUGAGAUCAUCUGUGGAUCUCUAGGCUAACAUCCUGUGUGGGCUAGGCAUACACACCUUCUGUGGUAGACUCAGCAAAUUUUUUUAGAAGUGCUGUGUCCCAGGACAGUCAUGUAGACCAGCUUCCUGGGCCAGGUAUCCGUGGCUGCUUGGUCUUUGCUGAUCCAUGGAAAGGUCUCUCCUCUGCACUCCCUUCUAUUAGUCAUUUGCCUCACAUCAGGAAAGCUCCAAAGGUGGCUGUUUUACCUUUGUCUUACCAUCUCUUUCCCAGUUGAUUGAGUAAGUCAGGCAAAUAUGUUAAUCAUGAAACAGCGUCCCUGCUCUGUAUCGUCUCACCUCUGUUCUGGGAAAGGGGGGAUUGGGUUGUCACAACAGCAGCUCCCAUAGGAGCUGUGGAAUUGUACUUUAGAUGCUUAUCAUCUCCAUCUGGAUAUGCUGGAAAUUGAGUCUUAGGAAGAGUUCUUAAGGACAGGACUUCUGCGGCCAGUCAGUUCUCAUGUUUGGAAGAGUGAAGCUGUUGCACCUGAGAACUGGUGGUAAGGGUCAUCUCUCUCCAUUUCUCUCCAUGGCUCUGUGGGAGACAGUAGGGCUACUCCCUCCGCCUAGGAGAGGGUUAAAAAGGAACUGAACAAGUACAUUUCUUUACAGCCUCUUAACUACCAGAUGAAGCACAAACCAGCGUGUCUGACAACUGUCUGGAACCAAACCCUGAACGCAAGCUUGUACUCUAAGGCAGAUAAAGGAGUGAAAGGUAGACCUCCAGAGCAAAUGUGUGGAGUUGUAUGCUGCUGUAAAGGCAUCUGCAGGAGUCUGGAGCAAUGCCACCACCUUCAGACAUUGUGAAAGUAGCUGUUGAGUGGCCAGGUGCCAAUGCUCAGCUGCUGGAAAUAGAUCAGAAAAGGCCUCUUGCAUCCAUCAUCAAGGAGGUCUGUGAUGGGUGGUCACUGCCAAACCCUGAAUACUACACCUUACGAUAUGCUGAUGGUCCUCAGCUGUACAUCACAGAGCAGACUCGCUGUGACAUCAAGAAUGGAACAAUCCUACAGCUGGCAGUCUCCCCGUCUAGGGCAGCUCGCCAGCUGAUGGAGAGGAUCCAGUCACACAGUAUGGACACUCGACUGGAUGCCAUGAAGGAAUUGGCUAAACUUUCAGCAGAUGUGACCUUUGCCACAGAGUUCAUCAACAUGGAAGGGAUUACAGUGCUGACACGGCUGGUGGAGAGCGGGACCAAGCUUCUGUCCCAUUACAGUGAAAUGUUGGCUUUCACCUUGACUGCCUUCUUGGAGCUCAUGGACCAUGGUAUUGUCUCCUGGGACAUGGUUUCAAUAACCUUCAUCAAACAGAUUGCAGGGUAUGUGAGUCAGCCUAUGGUAGAUGUCUCCAUACUCCAACGAUCCCUAGCCAUUCUAGAAAGCAUGGUGUUGAACAGUCAGACUCUGUAUCAGAAGAUAGCAGAAGAGAUCACCGUGGGGCAGCUCAUUUCUCAUCUGCAAGUCUCAAACCAAGAGAUCCAGACAUAUGCCAUUGCCCUGAUUAAUGCCCUCUUUCUGAAGGCACCUGAGGACAAGAGACAGGACAAGCUGCUUAACCCUCUAGACCUGCCCAUCACUGAAAUGGCUAAUGCAUUUGCCCAGAAGCACCUGAGGUCUAUAAUCCUGAACCAUGUGAUCAGAGGAAACCGCCCAAUUAAAACAGAAAUGGCACAUCAGCUGUAUGUGCUACAGGUUCUGACUUUUAAUCUCCUGGAAGAGAGAAUGAUGACCAAGAUGGAUCCCAAUGAUCAGGCACAGAGAGACAUCAUAUUUGAGCUGAGAAGAAUUGCAUUUGAUGCAGAAUCUGACAGCAACACCAUCCCUGGCAGCGGAACAGAAAAACGCAAAGCAAUGUACACCAAGGACUACAAGAUGCUGGGAUUCACUAAUCACAUCAAUCCAGCCAUGGAUUUUACUCAGACUCCUCCAGGGAUGCUGGCAUUGGAUAACAUGCUGUACUUGGCCAAAUUUCAUCAGGACACCUAUAUCCGGAUUGUUCUGGAGAACAGCAGUCGAGAAGAUAAGCAUGAGUGUCCCUUUGGACGCAGUGCCAUUGAGCUUACCAGGAUGCUUUGUGAGAUUCUGCAAGUUGGGGAGCUCCCCAAUGAAGGCCGGAAUGACUAUCACCCCAUGUUUUUCACCCAUGACCGUGCAUUUGAGGAGCUGUUUGCCAUCUGCAUCCAGCUGCUGAACAAGACCUGGAAAGAAAUGAGGGCAACAGCAGAAGAUUUUAAUAAGGUUAUGCAGGUUGUGAGGGAACAGAUCACACGGGCUCUUCCCUCCAAACCCAACUCUUUGGACCAGUUCAAGAGCAAACUGCGCAGCCUAAGCUAUUCUGAGAUCCUGCGACUACGCCAGUCUGAGAGAAUGAGCCAGGAUGACUUCCAGUCACCACCUAUUGUGGAGCUCAGAGAGAAAAUCCAGCCUGAGAUCUUGGAGCUGAUAAAACAACAGCGCCUGAACAGGCUUUGUGAGGGAAGUAGUUUCCGAAAAAUUGGAAAUCGCAGAAGGCAAGAAAGAUUUUGGUAUUGUCGCCUGGCUCUGAAUCACAAGGUGUUGCACUAUGGGGAUCUGGAAGAUAACGCCCAGGGGGAAGUGACCUUUGAAUCACUGCAGGAAAAAAUUCCAGUUGCAGACAUCAAAGCCAUUGUCACAGGGAAGGAUUGUCCACACAUGAAGGAGAAAAGUGCGUUGAAACAGAACAAGGAAGUGUUAGAAUUGGCCUUCUCGAUAUUAUAUGAUCCUGAUGAGACCUUGAACUUCAUUGCACCUAACAAAUAUGAGUACUGUAUCUGGAUCGAUGGGCUUAAUGCUCUCCUGGGGAAGGACAUGUCCAGUGAGCUAACUAAGAGUGACCUGGACACGUUGCUGAGCAUGGAAAUGAAGCUGAGGCUCCUGGACUUGGAGAACAUCCAGAUCCCCGAAGCACCGCCGCCCAUCCCCAAGGAGCCGAGCAGCUACGACUUCGUGUACCACUACGGCUGACGGGGGCUCUGCCCGCGCUGGGCCGGCCCGGGCCCGCGCCGGGCGCCUGAGCUGAGGCGGGCGCAGCCGCCUGGGGGCGCCCCGCUGCCCGCCCGGCCCGCACCCCUUCCUUUCGCGGCAGAGCCGCCGGCCCGCGGCGGGGCGGGCUGCGCAGCUGCCUCGCGCCCGUGCGCCUUUUGUACGCGUCCCAAUAAUAACCAGUAGUACGGCCCUGC